CAGUAUUAGCAGGUUUUUAUAAAUCCUGCUUUCUUAAUGUUACGCAACAGGAUAUUGUGCCAAAACACUUUGAUUCAUCUUGCUGACAGGCUGAAAAGCUUCAACGUGACAUUUUAUUAAGAGCUGUCACUUCAUGUUAAGCCAGCAAAGUCUUCCAGAAAGAGAUAUCUAUUUGAAUCUGAUAAAGCAUCAAUGUAUGACACAGGCUUCAGCACAGUGGCGUUGAAAGUUUCCUUUAGACAUCAUAUCUGUAAAUAAAAACUGAUACACCCUCUCUUAUGGCUCUGCUGUCCAAAGGCCAAGGCGCCUCAGCGGGUUGAUAAAACAGUAUAAGUGUACAUGAGCUCCCUUCUCAGAGUCAUAUUGUGUGCGUGGAUGAAGCAGCCAAGAUGUCCGCAGGGAUUCUCGUAGUGCUUCUGGCCGUGUCUUCGGCUGUUUCUCUGGUGACUGCCGACGUGGAGUCCGAGGCCAGGGCGUUCCUGGAGAGGUUUGACGAGAAUGCCAGUGACAAGAUGUACAAGUACUCACUGGCAUCGUGGGCCUACAACACCGACAUCACUCAGGAGAAUUUGGACAAAGAGUCAGAACAGGGGCAAAUUUGGAGCACUUUCUACACCCAGAUGUCAGAAGAAUCCCGCAAUUAUCCCAUCGACCAAAUAAGUGACCCCGUGAUUAAAAUGCAGCUCAUCUCUUUACAAGAUAAAGGCGCUGGUGCUCUGUCUGCGGACAAAGCUUCACAUCUCAAUAAGGUCAUGGGCGAGAUGAGUACGAUCUACAGCACCGCAACGGUUUGCCUGAAAGAUGACCCCCUCAACUGCCAGACUUUGGAGCCAGGCCUGGAGCAUGUGAUGUCCAACAGCCGAAACUACGAAGAGCGUCUCCACGUGUGGGAGGGCUGGAGGAAAGAGGUGGGGAAAAGGAUGAGGCCUCUGUACGAAGACUAUGUGGAUCUGAAGAAUGAAGCUGCCAAACUGAAUGGUUUUCAAGACUAUGGAGCUUAUUGGAGAUACGAUUAUGAGACCCUCGAUGAAGACGUUCCUUACAAGUAUACCAGAGAUCAGCUGAUGGAAGAUGUUCGCUCAAUAUACAAAGAGAUCAUGCCUUUAUACAAAGAGCUGCAUGCCUAUGUAAGGUCCAGGCUCAUGGAGGUCUACCCAGGAUACAUUGACUCACAGGGACCCCUGCCCGCCCAUCUCCUUGGUGACAUGUGGGGAAGAUUCUGGACCAACCUGUAUCCUCUGUCAGUCCCCUACCCCGACAAACCAGACAUUGACGUCAGCAGCGCUAUGGUGCAGCAGGGUUGGGAUGAAACGCGUUUCUUUAAGGAAGCAGAGAAGUUCUUUAUGUCUGUGGGACUCUACAAGAUGUUUGACAACUUCUGGACUAACUCCAUGCUGGUGAAGCCCAAUGAUGGACGGAACAUGGUCUGCCACCCAACCGCCUGGGACAUGGGAAACAGAGAGGACUUCAGGAUAAAAAUGUGCACCAAGGUCAACAUGGACGACUUCCUCACCGUGCACCACGAGAUGGGCCACAACCAGUACCAGAUGGCUUACCGCAACCUGUCCUACAUCUUGAGGGACGGAGCUAACGAAGGUUUCCAUGAGGGCGUCGGAGAAAUCAUGUCCCUCUCUGCUGCCACGCCCAAACACCUGCAGAGUCUGGGACUUCUCCCUAGUGACUUCGUUUAUGACAGUGAAACUGAGAUCAACUUCCUGCUGAAACAGGCUCUCACCAUCGUGGCCACGCUGCCCUUCACCUACAUGCUGGAGGAGUGGCGCUGGCAGGUGUUUGCAGGAAAUAUCUCCAAAGAUGAAUGGAUGAAGCGCUGGUGGGAAAUGAAGAGGGAGCUGGUGGGAGUUGUCGAGCCUGUCCCCAGAGACGAAACUUAUUGUGACCCGCCUGCUCUGUUCCACGUAUCUGGAGACUACUCCUUCAUCAGGUAUUUUACAAGAACCAUCUACCAGUUUCAGUUCCAGAAAGCACUGUGUGACGCAGCUGGUCACACUGGUGACUUGUCCUCAUGUGACAUCACUGGUUCCAAGGAAGCAGGAACAAAGCUGAGAAACAUGCUGGAGCUGGGGAGGUCUGAGUCCUGGACCAGGGCUCUGGAAACAAUAACUGGAGAUGUAAGAAUGAAUGCUGGUCCACUGCUGGACUACUUCAAGAAACUGUAUGACUGGCUGAAAGAGAAUAACCAGAAACACGGCAGAACUGUUGGCUGGAAGACAACAGUGGAUCCAUAUUCGCAAUAUGCCACUAAAGUGAGAAUAAGUCUGAAAGCUGCUAUGGGAGACGAUGCUUACUCCUGGAACGCCAAUGAGAUGUACCUCUUCAAGGCCAACAUUGCCUACGCCCUGAGGCAGUACUACAGCCAAAAGGACCAGAACCUUCCUUUCACAGCAGAGAACAUUCUCACUUAUGAAGAAACACCCAGGAUCUCCUUCUACAUGGUGGCCACACACCCAGGAAACCCCUCUACAUACAUUCACAAGUCUGACAUGGACGCAGCUGUCAGGUUAUAUCGGGGUCGAAUCAAUGAAGCCUUCCAAUUGGACGACUACACACUCGAGUUCGUAGGUAUCGUACCGACGCUGGCCCCUCCUGUACAGCAGCCGGUGCAGGUGUGGCUGGUGCUGUUCGGUGUUGUCAUGGGACUCACGGUGUUGGUGGGCGUCUACCUCGUUAUAACUGGUGUCAAGGAGCGCAAGAAGAAAUCGUCAAAGCCGCCUGCGGAGAAUCCUUACAGCAUAGAUGUCGAUGGGAUCAGUAACGCUGCCUAUGAGGAUACUAAGGACGAACAAACUGAAAAGUUGUAGCUCAGGGCGUCUGGACUCACAGUCAGUUCUGUGUGACUUUUCACAAACAUGAAAUGUGAAUACACGUGAAGAUUUCAGUAUUGUAAAAAAAAAUGCUCAGUGGAAGAAUGAACUCAAAAACAAGACAGCAGGCUUAACCUCCAAAGACGUUAAUAUUUAUUGACUUUCAAUCAUGACAAUUAUUCAGUAUUGAUGUUGCAUGAUGUAUUCUUAAUU